AGUGCCGAGCCGCCUGACCGAGCUGGAGCGCUGCAGCUGGAGGGUUGCGAUUCUGGGGUCCUGGUGACCGAGCCGGGGCGGGGUUGGAGUCGGUCCCCGGAGGCUGAGCGGAGGGAUGAUGGAGGAGGAGGAACUGGAGUUCGUGGAGGAGCUGGAGGCUGUGCUGCAGCUGACGCCCGAGGUGCAGCUUGCCAUCGAGCAGGUAUUUCCAAGCCAGGAUCCUCUAGAUCAAGCGGAUUUCAAUGCUGUUGAAUAUAUCAAUACCCUGUUCCCAACAGAGCAAUCUCUGGCAAAUAUAGAUGAUGUUGUGAACAAAAUUAGACUGAAAAUAAGGAAGCUGGAUGACAAUAUCCGAACUGUUGUAAGAGGUCAGACAAAUGUGGGGCAGGAUGGGAGACAAGCACUUGAAGAGGCCCAGAAAGCUAUUCAACAACUCUUUGGCAAAAUCAAAGAUAUCAAAGACAAAGCAGAAAAAUCAGAACAAAUGGUAAAGGAAAUCACUCGGGAUAUUAAGCAGUUAGAUCAUGCCAAGCGCCACUUGACUACCUCAAUCACAACACUGAACCACCUGCACAUGCUGGCUGGUGGUGUUGACUCCCUGGAAGCCAUGACCAGGCGCAGACAGUAUGGAGAAGUUGCCAAUCUCCUUCAGGGUGUGAUGAACGUUCUGGAACACUUCCACAAGUACAUGGGAAUCCCACAGAUCCGACAACUUUCUGAAAGGGUGAAGGCUGCACAGACUGAGUUAGGACAGCAAAUUCUGGCUGACUUUGAAGAAGCAUUUCCUUCGCAGGGUACCAAGAGGCCAGGAGGACCCAGCAAUGUCCUGCGAGAUGCCUGCCUGGUGGCUAAUAUUUUGGACCCUAGAAUCAAACAAGAAAUCAUCAAAAAGUUCAUUAAACAGCAUCUGUCAGAAUAUCUAGUCCUUUUUCAAGAAAACCAAGAUGUCGCCUGGCUGGACAAAAUUGAUAGACGGUAUGCCUGGGUGAAACGCCAGCUUGUGGACUAUGAGGAGAAGUAUGGCCGAAUGUUUCCACGAGAGUGGUACAUGACUGAGAGGAUUGCUGUAGAAUUUUGCCACGUGACAAGGACAGAACUUUCAAAGAUUAUGCGAGCCCGUGCUAAAGAAAUUGAAGUGAAAUUGCUUCUCUUUGCAAUUCAGAGAACAACUAACUUUGAGGGGUUUCUUGCAAAACGUUUCUCUGGUUGCACCCUGACAGAUGGAACACUGAAAAAGUUGGAGUCCCCACCACCAUCUACCAAUCCCUUCCUGGAAGACGAGACAGUGCCAGAGAUGGAGGAGUUGGUGCUGGAAAAAGGAGAGUUAGAUCAACCAAAGAAGCCUAAAGCCCUAGACAAUCCAUUUCAUGGUAUUGUUUCCAAGUGUUUUGAGCCUCAUCUCUACGUGUAUAUUGAGUCCCAGGACAAAAACCUCAGUGAGCUGAUAGAUCGGUUUGUGACAGAUUUCAAAGCCCAGGGCCCACCCAAGCCCAACACUGAAGAAGGGGGUGCUGUGCUCCCCAGCUGUGCUGACCUAUUUGUCUACUACAAGAAGUGCAUGGUACAGUGCUCGCAGCUCAGCACGGGCGAGCCCAUGAUCGCUCUGACCACCAUCUUCCAGAAGUACCUUCGAGAAUAUGCUUGGAAAAUCCUCUCUGGCAACCUGCCCAAAACCAGCAGCAGCAGUGGAGGGCUGACCAUCAGCAGCCUCCUCAAGGAAAAGGAGGGCUCCGAAGUGGCCAAAUUUACUCUGGAGGAGCUCUGCCUCAUCUGUAGCAUCCUGAGCACAGCAGAGUACUGUCUGGCUACCACCCAGCAGCUGGAAGAAAAACUCAAAGAGAAAGUGGAUGUAAGUCUAACUGAACGAAUUAAUCUCACUGGAGAAAUGGACACGUUCAGCACUGUCAUCUCCAGCAGCAUCCAGCUGUUGGUUCAAGAUCUGGAUGCAGCUUGUGACCCUGCCCUAACUGCCAUGAGCAAGAUGCAGUGGCAGAACGUGGAGCACGUUGGUGACCAGAGCCCUUAUGUCACUUCUGUCAUUCUUCACAUUAAGCAGAAUGUCCCCAUCAUCCGUGACAACCUGGCUUCCACACGAAAAUACUUCACGCAGUUCUGCAUUAAAUUUGCAAACUCCUUCAUUCCUAAAUUCAUCACCCACCUCUUCAAGUGCAAGCCAAUUAGCAUGGUGGGAGCAGAACAGGCAUUGCACGAUACAAACACUUGCUAUUCAAGUAGCCAGAACUCCUGUAAUCUUAGCAUUCCUAAGCUGCUGCUGGACACCCACUCCCUAAAGAUGGUCCUGCUCGACCUCCCUUCCAUCGGCUCACAGGUGGUGAGGAAGGCGCCUGCCAGUUACACUAAGAUUGUCGUGAAGGGCAUGACCCGGGCCGAGAUGAUCCUCAAGGUGGUGAUGGCUCCUCAUGAACCACUGGUGGUAUUUGUUGACAACUAUAUCAAACUCCUUACAGACUGCAACACAGAAACCUUCCAGAAAAUACUGGACAUGAAGGGGCUGAAGAGGAGCGAGCAGAGCAGCAUGCUAGAACUCUUGCGUCAGAGGCUCCCUGCCCCACCCUCAGGGGCAGAGGGCUCCAGCUCACUGUCUCUGAUGGCUCCAACUCCAGAGCAGGAAUCAUCCCGAAUCCGCAAACUCGAGAAACUAAUUAAAAAGAGACUGUAAGGAACACAGAGACAUUGCCAGGGACCCCAAGCAGCUGAUUCUUUGAGACCUCCUGGGGCAUUUGAAUUAUUAAAGUAUUUCUCCCAUG